UCUAGGCAUGCAAGGUGUGCUACAGACAAUGAAGAAAGAAUAGGGGGUGGGCAUCUCAGAGAAAGGGGACAUGCUCUCCAGCCACCCUAAAAAAGAGAUCUACCCCUGGAAGAUCUGGGUACCUUACUACCCAGAUUAGAGAGAUUGGGCUGUUAGAGUGGGAAGGAGUUAACAUUUCCUGUCCUCCCCCAAGGUGGCCCUGUAAGUGCAACAUGAAUGGUACACCCUGGAUUUAUGCAAAGUAGCAGAUGUCAUAACCGACCCCAACUCUCCCUCUCCCAGUCCCUAGAAAAUAUACACCUGUUGCCUUGCUCCCUAAGCCCCACUGGACUGUGUGUGCACAUGUACCCAAGCGUGUGCAUGUGCACACUCACACACGCCCUGAACUCCUCAGCUCAGAGGGGUCCCACCCAGCUGUAGUGAGAACCAAAACCUCUAGCACAAGGGAAUAGGAAAAGUACCCCUGGACUUCCACCCCAGCCUCCCCACCAUUUCCUCCAGCUCUGGAUCCAGCCUUGCUUCCUUCUCCCACUUCCCAUACCCCCCUCCUACUCCUACACACACAAAGCAGUCUGCCAUCUAGCUGAGACAGCUGCAGAGCCUGAGUAAGGGAUCGCCCCCAGGGGGCCAGACAUUUAAGGCCUGGGUGACUCCCAGUGGCCCCACUUUUAGGACAAAGGAAGGAGGAGACCGGCCACCCUACAGUCCAGGCACUAGCUGAGACUCCAGAGCCGUGGGCAUCACAUUCGUGUUGGGAGGACCUGUAAGUGUAGAAGGUAAGGCUUCUCUCUUCCCUCUGGACGGGGCAGAGCCUGCUGCUGCCUUCUGAGUCCAGACUCGGACACAGGGUGGAGGGCACGAGCUGGGAUGGGCGUGGCCCCGGAACCCGGAGGUAGAUAUGGCCCAGGCAGAGAGAUGUGGGGAGUAGAGGGGUGGUAAAGUUCAGCCCCAAACCACCUGGCUCAGAAGAAGGCCUUUGGGCUCUCUGGAAGGCCACUGGACUGGAGUCAGGAAGCCAGGCGUCUGCUCUGAGUGACCUUGGACAGGGACUUUCUCUCAGACAUCAGUUCCCUUAUAUAUACUAAAUAGGGGUUUAAAAAUGGCAGUGCUGGUUAAAGGCUGGCAGAUACAUCCAUUAGAUGAAACACUGUGCAGCUGUUAACAGGAAUGAGGAAACUCUUUAUAAACUGGGGUGGAAAAAUCUCCAAGACGUAUUAAAUGAAAAAAGGGUAGGAUAGUGUGUGUAACGGGCUUACCUCACGUGUCAAAACAAAAGGAAGAGGACAAGAACAUGCUCCGUAAUCCUAUUUGCAUGCCGGCACUCCAGGAGGAGCCCAGAGACCAGUGUAGCUAUUGCGAUAGGGAGGGCUGGGACAUGGGGGGACUCGGGAGGGGGAGGGAGCCUCUUCAUGUAGAUUUUAAUGUUUCACUGCUUAUGUGAUUGAAUUGCCAGCUCAAAGAAAAACGUGAGAUAAAAACUAAACCUCUGCCUUUACCAUGUCACAAAUGAAAGCAGAGCUGUAGAAAUGUGUUGCCAUCUGUCUUAGCAUUCCACCAAUGCCAGUGGUCCCCAGAGACAGGAAGAAGAUCCACAGCUUCCUUGUAAGGCCCACUCCAGUUAUGGCUUAGUCAGGAGGUUCCUUCUUGGGUCUGACUUCAUUCUCUCCUGAUGAAACAUCCAGCACUGCCUCCCUAGUUCCGUGUAGCUAUCAGGAGGUAUCCUCAACUCCUCCUGGGCCUUACUUGGUUGGCAGGGUAAAUCUAAGCCCUGUGUCCUUUCCCUCCAGACCAUAGAAGGGUUUGGAGUUACUCAGUGAGGGGAGAGGCCCAUUGGUUCCUGUAAUCAGCCAGGGAAAGGGAGCUAGGAAGGGAAGAAGAGGCCGGAGAGAAGAGGCUUGCUGCCUGACUGCUCUCCAGGCCCUCUCCUGUGCACAUCCGUCUCUUCUGUGUCCACACACACCUCUCUGAAUCUCCCUCCUCCUCCCUCCCUUGUCCUUCAUAGCCUCAUCCUCUCCGCGGUCCUCACAGGUGAGUGCCCACGCCUGCUGUCACCAUGGCAACCAUGUACCACCAGCAGAUGAUGCAGGAGCAUGUGUCCAUGGAGUUCUCUAGCUCCUCCACCCACGUGCAGACCUUCUCCCAGACAACCAAGAUCGUGGGAGAGGAAGUCGCGACCACGAGGAAGUCCUCGAGCACAGUGGAGCUCUUCAACUUGGUGACCCGGAGUUCCAACAUCCCUGCGGGCGAGAGCGUCCCUGAGUUCGUGGAGAAACCUCAGCCAAUGACCGCACCCGAGGGGGACAAAGCGGUGUUCCGAGCCCGGGUGCAGGGGAACCCCAAACCCAACGUCUCCUGGAAGAGGGAGAGCGGCAUCCCCAUCAAGGAGUCCGCCAAGAUCUUCUACGACAGCGUUAACAAGGAGCACGUGCUGAAGCUGGAGCCACUGACCUCUGAUGACUCUGACAACUACAAGUGCAUUGCAAGCAAUGAACAUGCAGAUGCCAUCUACACUGUGUCCCUGAUGGUGAUUGAAGGUCAAGAGAAAAUGGAUUUCAAAAAGAUGUUGAAGAAAAGGGCUCCCCCUGCUCCCAAGAAGCAGAAGAAGGUGACAAAUGAGAAAGAGAUGCUGGAGAUUUUGUCCAAGGUGCCCAAGAAGGACUUUGAGAAGGUCUGCAUGGAGUAUGGUUUCACCGACUGCCGGGGGCUACUCAAGAACCUCAAAGAGAUGAAAAAGAAAGUGGAGGUGGAGGCCAUCAGGAUUCUGAAGCCUCUGGAAGAUAUAGAGACCAAGGUUGACACGACAGUGGUUUGCAUCAUGGAGCUGAAGGACCCCAAUAUCAAGAUGAUAUGGAUCAAGGGUACUGAGCCACUGAGGAUCCAGUACUCCCUGGGCAAGUACGAUGUGAAGCAGGUGGGCACCAAGUACAUGCUGGUUAUUACCAACGUGAACAUGAGCGACGCCGGCAUCUACAGCCUGUCUGUGGGCGACAAGUGGAUGAGUGCAGAGCUCAUAGUGCUGGAUGAGCCACUAAAGUUCUUGGGAGAUAUGAAGCCGCAGAAGGUGACAGAGCGCCAGACAGCAGUGUUUGAGGUCCCUAAGAAAGAUCCCAACUUUGUGUGGAAGUUCAAUGGGAAGGAACUGAAGAGGGAUGACAAGUAUGAAAUCAUGGUGUCUGAGGAUGGUCUGACCCAUACACUUAAGAUUAAGGAUGCCAGACUCAGUGACAGCGGCGAGUUCUCUGCCCAAGUGGGAAAUCUGGAACAGAAGGCCAAGCUCACCAUUGACCGCAUCCCCAUCAAGUUUGUGAGCACCCUCAAAAAUGUACGUGUGAAAGAGAGGAGCCACGCAUGCCUGGAGUGUGAGCUGACAUCCAAGGAUGUGAUCCUGCACUGGAAGAAGGACGGACAGCUGCUGGCACACGGCACCAAGUACAGCAUGAACCAUGAGGGCAAGCGAGCGGAGCUCAUCAUUGAGGAUGCACAGCUCAGCGACAAUGGCAAGUACACUGUGGUGGCCAUGCAGGAUGGGGACCCCACUGAAUACUACAGUACUGCCACCGUCACUGUGGAUGAGCGUCUGCCCACGGUGAAGAGCGGGAUGUCCGACGUGCACGCGGACCCGGCCGAGUUGUGCGUAGUGCUGAAUGAUGAGAAGGUGGAGGGCGUGUGGCUGAAAGAUGGCAAAGAGAUCACGGACUUGCCGGGCGUGCAGAUCGUGAAGCACGGUGCGGUGCACAAGCUCAUCUUCCCCAAUAUAGGCCCGGAGCACGAGGGCAAGUACACGUUCCGGGCCAAGGGCGCGGAGAGCGAAGCCUCCUUGUUCAUCACAGAUCCUCCUACCAUCGACCCUUCCGUACUUGAGGCACUGGCGGCACACCCAGUAACCAUGAAGGUGGGCCACACGGCCCACAUCAAGGUGCCUUUCCGGGCAAAACCGCUGCCCAAAGUGACGUGGUACAAAGACGGCAUGGAGGUGACCGAGGAGGAGCGCGUGAUCAUGGAGCGCGGCCAAGACCAGGCGCUGCUCACCAUCACAAAGUGCGUGCGUGAGGACAGAGGCCUUGUCCUGCUCAAGCUCAAGAAUGACCACGGCUCAGCCACGGCCACUCUGCACCUCAAUGUGCUGGAUCGUCCCAAGCCUCCGCAGGGCAAGGUGGAGUUCCUGGAGCUCUCAGGUAGCUGCGUGCACAUGAAGUGGAAGGCUCCAAAGGACAACGGCGGGCGCCCUGUGACACAGUUCAUAGUGGAACGGAGGGCAGUCGGCAAGAAGUCCUGGAUCAAGAUAGGCGAGGUAGAUGGCAAAGUCACCGACUUCUCCACCAACAAGGUGGAAGAGGGAAAAGCCUACCAGUUCCGUAUCCUGGCGGUCAAUUCAGAAGGAGUGAGCGACCCGCUGGAGACUGACGAAGUGUUUGCAGGAAAUCCCAUAGAGCCCCCUGGUCUUGCAUCCCAGCCUCAAGUGACUGAUGUGACAAAAGAGGCCAUGACCAUCAUCACAUGGAAUGGCCCAACCCAGGAUGGGGGAGCCCCAGUGCUCCGCUACAUUGUAGAGCGAAGGAAGAAAGGCAGUAACCUGUGGGUGCCAGUCAACAAGGACCCCAUCCAAGGCACCAAGUACACUGUGGAUGGUCUCCUGGAGGACACAGAAUAUGAAUUCCGAGUUAUAGCUGUAAAUAAGGCAGGCCCUGGGCACCCCAGUAUGCCAUCCAGCUCAGUAGUAGCCAAGGAUCCCAUUAAACCCCCAGGCCUGGUGCAGGGCCUGUACAUGUCUGAUUCCUCCAACUCCAGCAUUUCCCUGGGCUGGCGGGAGCCUGUAGAGGGAGACCCCCCCUCUGGCUACAUCCUUGAGAUGCGGGCUGAAGACACCAAGGAGUGGUCCAAGUACACAAAGAUCCCCAUUUCAGGCACCUGCUACACUGUGGGAAGCCUCACCGAGAGGCAGAAAUACUUCUUCCGCAUCCGGGCUGUGAAUGAGGCUGGGGUCGGGGAGCCUGUGGAGCUAGAUGAGGGAGUCUGUGCCAUGCCACCACCAGCUGUGCCCAAGUUUGACCUCAGUGCCUGGCUGAAGAGUCACAUGGUGGCUCGUGCUGGGACAGCCCUCUGCAUCCACGCAGCCUUCUCUGGCUCACCACCGCCCGACGUGAUCUGGCAAAAAGAUGGCAUCCCCACCAAGGGCCGGGAAACCAUCACCAAGAGCAAAAACCAAUCCCAGUUCCUCAUCAAUAGCACCAAGCGCUCUGACUCAGGUUACCGAAUCUUGCUCCAGAAUGAGUUUGGAGAGGCAUACUACGACAUCCAUGUGCGUGUGGCAGAUUUUCCCCCGCCCCCCACAAACCUACAGCUGUUUGAGGAGGUCCCCAACACGGUGACUCUGACCUGGAACCAUAGCCCCGAUGUGCAAGAGGACGGUGAGGCCCACUACGUCAUCAUGAAGCGGGAUGCAAGCACGGCCACCUGGUACACUGCGGCCGGAAUCUUCAGCAACAAGUACACAGUGACCCGGCUCCUCCCAGGCAGGAAGCACUACUUCAGAGUGGUGGCUCGGAAUGAGAUCGGUGACAGCGAACCGCUUGACUCCAGGGACACCUGGCUCGUCAAUAAGGACCAGAGUGAGUCAGGGGCCUUGAGGGUUCGGGUUAAAUCUGGAAGCCCUGAUGGUGGGGAUCGCACCAGGGUCACCAGGAGUACCCAAGAGGUGAAAGAAAAGUCUGAGAAUCUUUGCCAUGAAAGAGUUCACGUCUGGGACGCUGGGGAGAGAAGUAGAUGUUGGAGAAGCCUAGCCGGGGAGGUAUUUUUCCUCCGAGUGCUGUCAGGGGUGAGAUUAACUUUGAGGAUGGAAAAACCUGCGAACCCUGGAGUGGCUGGGGGCGAGGGGGAGGGACGGAGGUGUGUGAAAGCGGAGAUGCCCUUAGAAACGAGUAUAAAGUCCGAGGCCCCAGACUUGAUUGCAUCUGGGAAUCUGGCCCAGUCUGAGGACCUGAGCGCCAAGCUGAAGCCCUACGAGCAGAAGGACUGGCACGCGCCACGCUUCCUGACCCCCCUCAAGCCGCACACGGUGCUCCGCGGCCAGGACUGCACCAUGACCUGCGCCUUCCUUGGGAACCCGCGGCCCACGGUGACCCUCUACAAGGGCGACUCCAAGUUCUAGUAUAACUCCACCAGCGGGUGCACCCUCGUCAUCCCCACCUGCACGCUCAAGGACAGCGGCGAUUACAGUGUGCUGGUGGAGAACGAGCUGGGCAAGGACCGCAGCAGCUGCACGCUCACUGUCUACGACAAAGAUGACAAGUCAAUUCUAGCAUCCAUCACCGAGAGUCUGCAGAAGAAAUCAAAGUACCUUAUGUGAGCUCCAGCCGGGCCCAGGCAUCAGGAGGCUGCUGUGAUGUGGGGCUUCCUGGCCCAUCCUCUGCAUGGCCCAGUGCAGGCAGCCCAGGUUGCUCUCUGGUGCUUGUCAGUGUAAACAUGCAAUGAAGGGAGGGGACAAUAAACUAAGCUCAUGCUUUCCUGUU